AUGUCUGCCGAAGAAGAUCUCAUCGAUUACUCCGAUGAGGAGUUGAACACCACCGAUGCUGCGCCUGCAGCAGCUGCUGAGAAUGGCGGUGCUAAGAAGGGUGAUCUGACGGCUACCGGAGGCACCACCGAGAAGAAAGGCAGUUAUGUUGGUAUCCACGCCACCGGGUUCCGCGAUUUUCUAUUGAAGCCGGAGCUUCUACGUGCCAUCACCGAUUGCGGAUUCGAACAUCCUUCGGAGGUCCAGCAAAAUUGCAUUCCCCAGGCCAUGGUCGGUACCGACAUUCUUUGCCAGGCCAAGUCUGGUCUUGGUAAAACCGCCGUCUUUGUCCUCACUACCCUACAACAAAUCGAGCCAGUUCCCGGCGAAACCUCCGUUCUGGUCAUGUGCCACACUCGUGAGCUUGCUUACCAGAUCAAGAACGAAUACAACCGUUUCAGCAAGUACAUGCCAGAGGUGAAGACCCAGGUCUUUUACGGAGGAACUCCAAUCCAAAAAGAUGCCGAAAUUCUCAAGAACAAGGAGACGCAUCCUCAUAUCGUUGUCGCCACGCCAGGUCGACUGAAUGCGCUCAUCAGGGACAAAUACUUGCGUCUUGGCAGCUGCAGGAUCUUCGUUCUUGAUGAAUGUGACAAAUUGCUUGAACAAAUUGACAUGCGCCGUGACGUCCAAGAGAUUUUCAGAGCGACUCCUAAGCAAAAGCAAGUCAUGAUGUUCAGCGCCACACUUUCCCAGGAGGUCAUUCCCAUCUGCAAGAAAUUCAUGCAAAAUCCUGCCGAGGUGCUGGUUGAUGAAGGCUCGAAGCUUACUCUCCAUGGUCUGGCGCAAUAUUUCAUCAAACUCGACGAGAAGGAGAAGAACCGAAAACUGAACGAAUUACUCGACGAGCUCCAAUUCAACCAGGUCAUUAUUUUCGUCAAGAGCACUCUCCGAGCAACAGAAUUGGACAAACUGCUGCGCGAGUGCAACUUUCCAUCCAUCGCCGUGCAUUCCGGUGUGAGCCAAGAAGAGCGUAUCAAGCGUUACAAGGAAUUCAAGGAAUUCAACAAGCGUAUCUGUGUCGCCACUGACGUGUUUGGCCGCGGUAUCGAUAUUGAGCGAAUCAACUUAGCCAUCAACUACGACCUUCCCACGGAUGCAGACUCGUACCUCCAUCGUGUCGGUCGUGCUGGCCGUUUCGGUACAAAGGGUGUGUCGAUCUCCUUCAUGAGCAGCGAGGCGGAUCAAGAAGUUCUGAAAGAGAUUGAGAAACGAUUCGAAGCUCCCAUAUCCGAAUAUCCCGAGGGCGGUAUUGACCCUAGCACCUACAUGGCAAAUUAG